AUGACGCACCUCCGCAUUAGUGACACCCGCUACCGCGCCGCCCUUCCUGCUGAGGACCACUUUCUCUCGGUCUGUCCCACCACCCUCACUGUUGACCUCCUCGAGAAGGCCCUCCUAGCGGCGGAGAAGAGCAUCGUCGCUGUAGGAGCUUCUCGGGGUGGCCCUCGCACUCCCAUCUUUGAGGGGUGCUCUCCUUCCCCCCUGCUGCCCUCUCUUGCCUUUGCUGCAGCUGCCGACUUACUUGGUCUUGAGUCGGUCGGCGCGGCGUCUGCCCUUAGUGGGAGACGCCGCUCUGGCAAGGGCAAGGGGGGCAAGGGCGCGGGUGGAGCUGGAGGGGGCGGUGGAGGUGGCGGUGGAGGCGGCGGAGGGAGUGGGGGUGGCGGCGGGAGUGGUGGCGGCGGCGGUGGUGGUGGUGGCAGCGGCGGAGGAGGCGGCGGUGGUGGCGGCAGCGGUGGAGGUGGAGGCGGCGGAGGAGGCGGAGGGGGAGGCGGUGGUGGCGGAGGGGGUGGAGAUGGUCGGGGUGGUACCCCGCAGUGGAGCAGCUCUGGGAGUGGUCAGCGCCAGCAGCAGCAGCAGCAGCGUUCGCGGGACAUCCCUCCGCCCCAGCAGCUCCGUGAGUGGUACACGGAGCGUCAGCGAGGUGGGGGUACUGGUCCGUGCACCUACGUCCUUCGUUCCGGCGACCACGCGGGUGAGCAGUGUGGGGGUGCCCACCCCACCCUGCGCUGCUUUGGCCGCCUGACGAACGCUUGGCGUCAGCAGUUCCCCGAGGCUAGUGAGAUCCCCCGCUGGGGAGAGCUGUCUAGGGCUGGUGUAGCUAUCUUUGAUCUUGACUUUGAUGCUAUCCUUGCUGCUAUGUAUGCUGUGACUAUUAGUGAGGAGGGUGACUGUUACCGGUGUUUCCCGCCCGACCCGGGCAUUGGUACUACUGCGCUCGGUGCUUGUGCGACUGCUGCUCUAGGUGCCAGUGCGUCUACGCUCUCAGGUACUAGUGAGGCUGCGCUCUCAGGUACUGGUGAGACUGCGCUCUCAGGUACUGCGUCGGCUUCGGCCUCCCUCACUUUCACACUUGACUACGGAGCUUCUCGCUGCUUCUUUCGAGACCGCACCACACUCACGCCGCUUGGUCGGCCGGUUGCAGUCUCCCUGGCUGACCCCUCGGGGGGUCCUGUCCUCUCUUACUUUUCCACUGUCCUCCUAUGUCCGGCUGCCCCCUCGGGCACCCUGUCUGGUCUGUACCUUCCCUCGUUCUCGACGAACUUGGUGAGUGGUGCGGACCUGCAGGAUGCGCGGGUUCACCAGUUCACUCCUGCGAGUCAGCGGGUGACCCACUGCACGGACGCACGCACAGGUCGGCACCUGGCCACGUUCUCUCGUCCGCCGGGGUCGAGCCUCUACACCCUGACCACUGAGUCUCCUCCUGUCCCUGCGUCUAGUCAGAUAGCUGCGUCAGGUCAGGUGUUUGCUGCUGCGUCCCGGUCUGGCCCUGAGUCUGCCCCCUGUUCGUGUCGCCUCCUAUCUCACGAGACUCUUCUAUGGCACCACCGUCUUGGCCACCCCUCCUUGCCCCGUCUUCUGGGCAUGGCUUCCCGUGUCCUUGUCUCUGGUCUUCCCCAGUCCCUCCCUCCCCUUCCUUCGGGACCAGGACCUUCCUGUGUCCCCUGUGUCGAGGGGCGCCUCAGGGCUGCUCCUCACUCCUCCCAGUUUCCCCCGACAGAGGCUCCUCUGCAGACACUUCACAUGGACGUGUGGGGCCCGGCCCCAGUCCGUGGGCACGGCCACGAGCGCUACUUCCUGCUGGUAGUUGACGACUACUCGCGUUACACCACAGUCUUCCCCUUGCGCAGCAAGGGUGCUGUCACUGAGACCUUUACGCUUCCGGACUCUCCACAGCAAAAUGGGAUUGCUGAGCGCCGCAUUGGCAUGGUCAUGGACGUCGCUCGUACGUCCAUGAUGCAUGCGGCUGCCCCCCAUUUUCUGUGGCCGUUUGAGUUCGUCUUGCUGUGGACGGGGAAGGUUGGCGAUGCGUUUGCGUUCCGUAUCUGGGGAUCUCGGGCGUUUGUCCGCGACUUGUCUGCGGACAAACUGUCCCCUCGUGCUGCUCCCUGUGUCUUCCUUGGCUUCCCCCCUGACGCUCCAGGGUGGCAGUUCUACCACCCCUCCUCUCGUCGUGUUCUGUCCUCCCAGGACGUCACGUUCGACGAGUCAGUCCCCUUCUACCGCCUCUUCCCCUACCGCACUCCUUCUCUCCCCCCGCCACCGGACUUUCUUGUGCCGGUAGACGCAGUUGACCCGGUCGAGGUUACUGGUGACUUUGGUGCUGCUGCGGGUGCUGAGCCUGGGGGUGCUGACUCUGGGGGUGCCGUGCGCGUGGAUGCUGAGCCUGGGGGUGCCGAGCUUGGAGGUUGCGACUGCAGUCAGAGCUGCUGA